AUGAGUCUCUACUCCGGGAGUGACUCCGAGUACUUCGCCGCCUCCGACUCCGACGCAGAGGCGGGGCCCGCCCCUCCGCGCGGCGACGCCGGCCGCGACGAGGCUGCGCCCGUGCAGCAGCCCAACUGCCUUGUCGUGGACACCAGCGCCUUCCUCGAGACGGGAAUUGCGCGCCAGCUGUCGGCGGUGGCGUCGCGGCACAUGGUAAUCGUGCCGACAAAAGUCUUUAUUGAGCUGCAGCGAUUGAGUAAAGAGGAGGGCCAAAAAAAGGCGACGGAGGUGCUUCAAAUAAUUCAGUCGAUGGAGGCGCUCAGGAACGCGGGGAAUGAAAGAAAGGGCGGCGGCGGCGGCGACUGUGCCGACUUCGCCCCCGGACUCCGCUUGCAGCGGGCAAAAGAGAGGGACACCUACGUGCUGCGGGCCGCGCGCAACUUCGACGACCACAUAUUGUCAUGUGCCUGUUACUUUGCCCGGCACCAGGCGCAGACGCAGGUUAGCUUGCUUACUUGCGAUGAAUUGCUUGCGCUGAAAGCAUAUGCAGAGGGAGUGCCCGCGAUAAAAAGUCUGGAGGACUUAUAA